CGGUCCUACCCUGUCGCACCCCAUCGCGCCACUCGACCCGGGCCCACAGCCCACAGGCGAGCAGCGCGCCUCAGCGCCGCGACGGUAGGCAACCCAACCGGCGGCGGCGAGCAGCGAGGGGCCCGGCGGCGGCGCUCUGGCCAGCUCAGCUCGGAAAUACAACACAACAAAAUAAUAGAGUGGGGACGUUGUCGGAAAACAAAUUGCGUCGUGCAGAGCAAUGUAAAUUAAAAGGCCCGGCGAGCAUCGGAUCAGAGUCGUACGUACCGAGCGCCGUACCGGGCGCCAGGCCGCCGACAUGGGCAUAUUCAGCUCGUUCAAGGACUUUUUGAACAACACCUCUUUCCACGGGCUGCGCUUCGUCGCGCAGGAAGAGCGCCACUGGAGCGAAAGAGUGUUCUGGCUGGUGGUGUGCAUGGUGUCAUGGGGCGCCUCCGCCAAGCUCAUGAUGGCCUCGUGGGAGGCGUUCCAGAACAACGCCAUCAGCUUCGUGGUGGAGAGCACCUACCUCGACUGGGACACCACCUUCCCGACCAUCUCGGUGUGCGAGGAGGACAACAUGGAGCGCGUGUACUUCAUGAGCGCCAAGAUCUACGGAGAGGACCACGACUUCAAUCUGGAUGAGGUCCUCAAGGAGAUAUCCUACUUCAGAGGCUCCGCCUACUACAUCAAGGAGUUCUGCUUCGACGGCCACGUCAACUGCCCCAAGUCUGGCUUUACGGCCCUCGCUCGCAAGAUACGCAGCGGGUGCCCCGACAUCUUCGUCGACUGCAAGGUGAAUAACGUCGCCUUCAACUGCUGCGACCACUUCCUGCCGCUGGACACGGAGAUCGGCACGUGCUUCGCGCUCAACUCGCAGCAGGGCGUGAGGCUAAGAGGCAAGAAGGACAAGCUCCCCAUUUUAGCCAACCGACGGGCCCCGAAGGCGGCCGUGUAUCUGGAGCUCCGCGUGCAGAGCAACGUGCACAUCCACUCGCCCGAGGACGUGCCGUUCCUCAACUCGCUGAGCUCGGAGGUGUUCGUGGCGGCCCCGCUGAUACACAAGCGCUUCGGCAUCGCAGUGCGCGAGAUCGAGAACGAGCCGGGCGUCCGGGACACGUCCACCGUGCAGCGCAAGUGCCGGUUCCUCGACGAGAACGACCUGUCCGUGUACCGCUACUACUCGUACUCGGCGUGCAUCACCCAGUGCAGGAAGGAGGCGCAGAUCAAGCAAUGCGGCUGCACCACUCACCUCAUGCCCAAUGCGAAGGAGGACGAGAUCUGCACGCUGGAGGGACUCAUGUGCCUCUACACCCAUUACACGAACUUUUCGGUGCUAAAGACGAGCUGGAGUCGAAAGGAGGGGCUGUACUGCAACUGCGUGCCGUCCUGCACCGAGCCCGAGUACAACAUCGUCACCCAGGAGUCAUUCGGCAUCUCGCACAACACGUCGCGGAUCGAGCUCAUGUUGGACAGGUUGCCCAGCGAGAGGUACAAGCGGAACGUGGUGCGAGGCCGCCUCGACAUGGUCGUGUCCAUGGGCGGCGCCGCGGGUCUGUUCGUCGGCGCCAGUCUGCUCAGCUUCGUCGAGCUGCUGUACUACUUCUCGCUGCGGAUGUGUCGGGGCAGCAAAGACACGGGGGAGGACGACGACGACAACAGCAGCGGCGGCAAGAAGAAGGACAGCGCCAGCGUCCGCGGCAGCGCGUUCACGACGACGGCCAAGCAGGGCGCGGUGGCGCCCCUGGCCGUCGGCAACUUCCUGCCGCCCGCCGGUCAGCCGCGCCCGGGACUCAUCGGCCACUACAACAACAACCUCGUCCUCCAGGGCGGCGGCGGCGGCGGCGCGCAGCCCGGCCUGGACGCGGGCUACUACUCGCGGUUCUAGAUCCCUCCUCCCCCGCCUCAAUAAAGCCGCUCCUCGAGCA